CAAAGUAAAACUGUUGAUUAAAGAAGAAAAACGGUCGCGUUUUUUACGGAAAAAUUCAAGCAAUUUGCUCAUUGAAAUUACCUUCUAAUAACAAAAUUGGAUUUUAUAUAUUGUAAAUUUGUCAUAUAAUUUCAGGAAGUGAUUUUAUACCCAAUAUUAUGGAGGUUACAAACUGGAUAUGUUAAGGAUAAAAUAUGGCAGUUUCAGAAGUGACUAACCAGCCGGUAUCAUAGUCGAAAUUAUUCAUUCAUUGAAAUCGUGGACAUUAAUUUAUAGGAAAGUUGUUAUUUUGUGUGGGAACUAAACAGAUUUAAGGAAGCAAGCCAUGUCGUCUGUGAAGGUAGCUGUGAGGGUUCGUCCCUUCAACAGCAGGGAGAUAGCUCGAGACUCAAAAGUUGUCAUUUCCAUGUCGGGGAAAUCCACAACUAUAGAGAACACAAAAGCCACAGGACCAAAGGAAUCCAAAGAACAGUACAAAAGUUUCAACUUUGAUUACUCAUACUGGUCACAUACUGACCCAAAUGAUCCUGAAUUCGCCACCCAGAAAAUGGUUUACAAUGACAUCGGUGUGGAGAUGUUAAACCACGCCUUUGAUGGUUACAAUGUUUGCAUAUUUGCGUACGGGCAAACUGGAGCUGGUAAAAGUUACACUAUGAUGGGACGAAAUGAGCCCGGACAAGAGGGAAUUAUACCCCAGUUGUGCCAGGACUUAUUUGAUCAGAUCAGAAAAGCAGGUGAUGAUGUGAACUAUUCUGUGGAGGUGAGCUAUUUUGAGAUAUACUGCGAGAGAGUUAGAGACCUGCUGAACCCAAGCAAUAAAAACAGCCUUCGUGUGAGGGAACACCCGCUACUGGGACCGUACGUGGAGGAUCUCUCCAAAUUGGCUGUACAGUCAUUUGAUGAUAUUAACAAUCUGAUUGACGAAGGAAACAAAGCCAGAACUGUUGCUGCCACGAACAUGAACGAGACAAGUUCGAGAUCUCAUGCAGUUUUCACGAUCGUGUUCACACAGCGGAGACACGAUGAACAGACCAAAUUGACAGGCGAAAAAGUGAGCAAAAUUAGUUUAGUGGAUCUUGCUGGGUCAGAGCGCGCUGAUGCUACGGGGGCUAAAGGUGCCAGACUGAAAGAAGGGGCCAACAUUAACAAAUCCCUUACAACUCUAGGCAAGGUUAUCUCAGCUUUAGCUGAAGUGAGUGCCAUGGACCAUUCAAAAGCAAGCAAGAAAAAGAAGAAAGGGGAGUUUAUUCCUUACAGAGAUUCAGUUCUGACAUGGCUUCUCCGAGAAAACCUUGGUGGAAAUUCAAAAACGGCCAUGAUAGCCGCUCUCAGUCCAGCAGACAUCAACUAUGAUGAAACUCUCAGUACACUAAGGUACGCAGAUAGAGCUAAGCAGAUUAUGUGUAAGGCCGUGGUUAAUGAAGAUCCGAACGCCAGGUUGAUACGAGAGCUGAAGGAAGAAGUUGUUCGUCUUAGAGAAAUCCUGUCAAAUGAGGGAAUCACUGUCGGAGAGGGACUGCAGGGUAUACCACACACUGUAAAUAGAUCUCGUAAGUCAUCUGUGACUGUCGACGGAGGGGAGGACGCCGUAGAACGUCUGGAAAUGUCGGAAAAACUUAUCGCUGAACUGAAUCAAUCGUGGGAGGAGAAAUUACGCAAAACAGAGGAGAUAAAAAAAGAAAGAGAGGCGGUACUUGCAGAGAUGGGUGUGGCUUUAAAACCAGAUGGCGGUACAUUGGGUGUGUUCUCACCAAAGAAAACGCCCCAUCUGGUAAAUUUGAAUGAGGAUCCUUUAAUGUCAGAGUGUCUGAUUUACUACAUAAAAGAGGGUGUCACAAGGUGUGGUCGGGAGCAUGCCAGCAUUCAACAAGAAGUUAUUUUGUAUGGAACGUACAUCAAAGAUGAACAUUGUAUAUUUGAAAAUGAUGACGGUAAAGUAACAAUAAGACCAUGUGAGGACGCCCUUGUUUACGUGAACGGUUCCCAGAUAAAAGGUCCUACAGAGCUAAAGAUCGGUUCUCGUGUAAUUCUCGGGAAGAACCAUGUGUUCCGCUUCAACCAUCCGAUGUUUGCCCGGCAGAGCCGAGCCUUGUUGACCGAUACCUCAGACAUGCCAAAUGAGCCAGUAGAUUGGACAUAUGCCCAGCUAGAAUUGUUAGAGAAACAAGGUGUGGAUUUAAGGAAAGAAAUGGAGACAAAAUUGGUUGCCCUGGAGGAACAGUACAGAAAAGAAAAAGAGGAAGCUGAUCUGUUGUUUGAACAGCAAAGAAAGGAUUAUGAAAUUAGAAUAAAGAAUUUACAAGAGGAAGUGGAGAGACAUUCUAUGAUGUCAAGUGUUAUAACAGUGUCUGACCUACAGUCUGAAGAAGAGGCCAUGUUACUACAGCAACAAGAAGAAUGCACUUGGACAGAUAGAGAUUAUCAGCUUGCAGCUUGGGGUUUCAGGAAGUGGAAAUAUCAUCAGUUUACAUCAUUAAGGGACGAUCUCUGGGGUAAUGCUAUAUUCUUAAAAGAGGCAAACGCAAUCAGUGUGGAACUAAAUAAAAAGGUUCAAUUCCAGUUUGUCCUUUUAACAGACAGCCUGUAUUCUCCCUUACCUCCAGACCUGCUCCCGUCAGCUGAGCGUGACAUUGCUCGACCUUUCCCAAAAACCGUAGUCGCUGUCGAGGUACAGGACACGAAGAAUGGAGCUACACAUUUCUGGAGUCUUGAAAAACUUAGACACCGGUUGGAACUCAUGCGUGAAAUCUACAAUGACGACCUUUCACCGGACACACCGGAAGCUAAACAAGAUUUCUUCCAUUGCUUGUCUGGCUGUGGAAACCAGAAUUAUUUCAAUUUCAUCAACCUUAUUCCAUCUAGACAAAGACUUGAGUUAAUGCGUGAAAUGUACAAUAACGAGGCAGAGCUUUCACCGACGUCACCGGAACAUCCGAACAUUGAUACAAUGACCGGAACUGAUCCAUUCUACGACAGAUUUCCCUGGUUUAGGCUUGUUGGAAGAUCAUUUGUAUAUUUGAGUAACUUAUUCUACCCAGUACCUCUUACACACCGUGUCGCCAUCGUUAGCGAGAAAGGCGAGGUGAAAGGUUUUCUACGAGUGGCUGUACAGGCCGUGCUCUCUGACAAAGAAGACACACCUGAAUAUGGAUCUGGAAUAAGACAAUCUAGUAAUGCCAAAAUUACCUUUAAUGAUGAUGAGUACUUUCAGAAGAAGAUGUUAAGCAUGGGACAAACCAUGGUGAAAAAGACGCCAGUCUCCUCCACCGAGGAGCUGAGGAUAGUGGAGGGCGAGGGAUCCCUCCCUGACAACGUGGACGGUAAUGUAGAAAGUGAGAACACGGAAGAGAAGAAAUUAAAGACUGAUACCGACUCGUUCCCGGAUAUAGAUAUUAAUGAAUUACCGAACCAUCUAAAGAUCGGCUCUACACUGCAGUUCCGAGUCACCCUUCUACAGGCAUCCGGUAUAUCGCCAGAAUAUGCCGACAUUUUCUGCCAGUUCAAUUUCUUACACAGGCAUGAUGAGGCAUUUUCCACUGAACCUCUCAAAAAUACGGGUAAAGGACCACCAUUAGGUUUCUACCAUGUUCAAAAUUUUACUGUGACUGUAACCAAGUCAUUUAUAGACUAUAUAAAGAAUCAGCCUGUGGUGUUUGAAGUGUUUGGACAUUACCAACAACAUCCUCUACAUGAACAGGCCAAAGAUUCUAAACAACCUUUUAUAAGACGACAGUCAUCUAAGAAACAUUUUCCGAUGUUACUUCCGAUAUCCAAACCUGUACCAUCACCAAAGUUUGGUGUUAUAACACCACCAAGGGAGAAAUGGAAAGAAAAGUUUAAAAGUCCCAGUAAACUUAUAAUGGACAUCAGCAGGGCUAAAGGAGAAGAGGAUGUGGAAGAAGCAGAUUCCAGUCAUGUACACUCAAGAUACGACCUUUUAGUAUGGUUUGAGAUCUGUGAGCUGGCGCCAAAUGGAGAGUACGUUCCAGCAGUAGUUGACCACAGUGAUGGUAUGCCAUGUUCCGGUACAUACAUGUUACAUCAAGGCAUACAGCGGCGAUUAGCCAUCACUAUCACUCAUGAACAAGGACCCGAUUUCUUCUGGAAGGACGUUAAAGAACUUGUUGUCGGACGUAUUAGAACCACGCCAGAUUUUCGUGACUACGACACAGAGCACACAGUUUUAUCACUUGGCCUAUUCCCUGCAUGUUAUAUACAGCAACCGACAGAUGAUCGGGUGUUCUUUCGUUUCGAGGCAGCCUGGGAUAGUUCACUUCACAACUCGCCGCUGCUGAACCGAGUGACGUCCUCCGGAGAGAGAAUCUACCUUACAAUGUCUGCGUAUCUUGAGGUUGAUAAUAGUCCACAGCCAGCUUGUAUUACCAAAGACCUGUGUAUGGUCAUACACUCUAGAGAUACCAAAAUAUCUGCUUCCAAUAGUCCUUUCAGGUCACUCCGGAGUUUCUUUGGUAGUGGGUCCAAAUCUUCUGACUGUAACCGGGUCAGCGGAAUUUAUGAGAUGUAUUUACGUCAGAUGUCGGAGUCAGGUAGUCCAGGUGUUCAGAGACGUCAGCGUAGAGUAUUAGAUACGUCAUCUACGUAUGUGCGAGGUGAGGAGAACUUGAACGGGUGGCGCCCUCGAGGAGAUUCUCUCCUCAUCGAUCAUCAAUGGGAACUGGAAAAACUUACACGUCUUGAAAUGGUGGAGAAAUGUAGGCACGUUCUACUGUUACGUGAAAAAUUAGCUGAGCAAAACAAGACUCAAGAAUUGAGUAAAAUGGACAAAGAAGUUACAAAUAUGAGUAAAAAAGCACAGCAAGCUAAGCUUGAAAAGGUGGAGGAAAUUAAAGAAAAGUUGGACGAGAUUGUUACCGAGAAAGAGGACGAUACUACAGAGAAGAAUAAAUUUGCCGUUAGACGUGACAAUAGUUAUUUUAGCUUCCAGACCAACGGGGAACCAGAGAAAGAAUUGGCGGCAAAAUGUCUUCGUUUAAUUUUACAGGGUCGUCUACCACCAAACCAGCCAUCAUCAGUAAAAACACCAAUGACAGAGUCUGUGAUUAGUACAGUAUCAUCUACUGACAGUGAUUCUACAGCAAACAGCGAGUCCAUGAUGUCCAGUAUGGUCUCUUCUUCCUCAGAAAUGUUCAAGUCCAUGAAUUCUGAAACCCCAGUCAAAACGUCAAAAUCAUCUGAUAAUCUAACCAACUCGAUGGCGUCCGGUGUCUCGGACAGCACCGACAGAAGAUUAACACUGCCAAUAAAGAGUAUACGACCAGAUCAGGAUAUUAUAGUAUUUGCACCUGAUGUAGAAGAAGUACGAGUCAGUCCGGUUGUGGCCAGGAAAGGGUAUCUGAACUUCCUAGAUGAAAAAUCUAAUGGAUGGAUCAGAAAAUGGGUGGUUGUUAGACGUCCAUUUGUAUUUAUCUACAACUCUGAUAAGGAUCCGAUGGAGCGUGGAGCAAUCAAUCUUACCACGGCACAGAUUGAGUACAGUGAAGACCAACAGUCAUUGCUUAAGGCAAGAAACACAUUCUCUGUAUUGACUCGUUACCGAGGUUUCCUCUUACAGACACCAGAUGAUAAAGAAUUCCAUGACUGGCUUUAUGCCAUCAACCCUCUACUGGCUGGUCAGAUAAGGUCCAAGCUAGCCAGAAGAAAGCAAGUUCCAAUUUAAGCCAUUGACAAAAAAAAACUGUUUUGAUAUUUCUUCUCAAAAAGAUUUUGAUGUACAUUUUUAAAUGUUGUCAGUUGACCUUGAACUUCAUGUAUCAAAGAAACCACUACUCACGAAAAUGCAAUAAUAAGAAGACAAACAUUUUGAAUUGUGAUACUAAACCAUUAGAAAUCUCACUGGAUAAACACCCGGAAAAUCCCCAAAUCUCUGUGCAAUAAUUGAUCACCCUUCUCAGUUGAAACAAAUUUUGACAAAGGGAGGUAACUAAAAACAGAAAAAAAUAAUAAAGGGACAUAACCUCUCACUCAAUUUGUACCAGUCAAAAGAAAGGGAGGCAAUCAAUACUAAGAUGAACAACAAGGGAGGUUACUGAGAUUAUGUAUACCUGAGGACAGAAUAUCAACUUACAAAAAAGAUAUUUUGCUACAUAUAUUUAUUUAGCAUUUUCAGCUUAAGUAUGGUAUAAUUAUAAUAAGUAUUGUUAUGUAUUUUAUUCACAUCAUUCCAAAAUAGUCAUAUUAUUGCAUAUUCAUUAGAUGUAUAACUCAUUAGUAUGCAUAAGUCAUAUUGCCUCAUGCAUAUUCAUAUAAAAUUAAGGAGUCCUGCUAUGAUAUUUAUAGUAAUUUAUUAAUUAUUUAUUAGCAAUGUUUGGUUGUGUUGGGUAUGUAUUUCCAAGGCAUUAUUUGAAAGAGUUUUUUUUAUUCAUGACAUAAGUUGUACUGGUUAUUUUAGCUACAUCCAGUCUCAUCUAGUCACAUGAUUUACAAAGUGCUAACAAAUCUUUAAAAUGUUCAAAUAUAUAAUUAAAAGUUUGCAUAUUAGAUUGAUUGAUUCAGUGUUGGGACCGAUAUAGGUUAGAUAAUUUUGAUGUAGAUAGUCUAUUGAUGGGUGUUAAGAGCCUGAAAAGUACUUUUGAAGCAAGUUUGAAAAAUGUUGACCAGUCUGACUACAGAUUUGAAAUUGGCCAAUGAUGGAGCAUUAUUUCUAGACUGGUUGUGACUGCUUCUAAAAAGUUAAGCAGUUUUGUUUUGUU